GGCAGCGGGCCGUUCUUUGCGCUCUGCUCUCCUAGGGGCUCGAGGAGCCGGGCGGCCAAUGAGCGUCCAGCGGACACUUUAAUAUGAAAUAAACGCUGCGUCUCACAUCCGUUCGAGACCGAACCGUCGCGGAGCCGCGAGUCUCUCAACACACAGCGAGUCGCAGUGAGGGUCCGUCGUUAAGAUCGCGGAUCGUCAGGAGCCGGCGGGACAUCCAGGGCAGGAGAGGACAGGAGGAGGACACGCGACGCGUACGGCUCACGGCACCAUCAGCAUCAGCAUCAUCACCACCACCACCCCAUCAUCAUCAUGUUCAGCUGGUCCACCAGGAACGGCAGGAAGAAGGACCCCGAGCUCUUCCAGACGGUGUCGGACGGGCUGCGGCGGCUCUACCGCUCCAAGCUGUACCCGCUGGAGGAGGCGUACCGCUUCCACGAGUUCCACUCGCCCGCCCUGGAGGACGCCGACUUCGACAACAAGCCCAUGGUGCUGCUCGUGGGACAGUACUCGACGGGCAAGACCACGUUCAUCCGCCACCUCAUGGAGCAGGACUUCCCGGGCAUGCGGAUCGGACCCGAGCCCACCACCGACUCCUUCAUCGCCGUGAUGUACGGGGAGCAGGAGGGGCUCGUGCCCGGGAACGCGCUGGUGGUGGACCCCAAGAAGCCCUUCCGCAAACUGAACGCCUUCGGGAACGCCUUCCUCAACAGGUUCGUUUGUGCCCAGAUGCCCAACCCGGUGCUAGAGAGCAUCAGCAUCAUCGACACUCCAGGGAUCCUGUCCGGGGAGAAGCAGAGGAUCAGCAGAGGUUACGACUUUGCGGCGGUGUUGGAGUGGUUCGCCGAACGCGUGGACCGCAUCAUCCUGCUCUUCGACGCCCACAAGCUGGACAUCUCUGACGAGUUCUCGGAAGUGAUCCGGGCCCUCAAGAACCAUGAGGACAAGAUGCGUGUAGUGCUGAACAAGGCCGACCAGAUUGGGACCCAGCAGCUCAUGCGGGUGUAUGGUGCCCUCAUGUGGUCACUGGGCAAGAUCGUGAACACGCCCGAGGUCAUCCGCGUCUACAUCGGCUCCUUCUGGGCCCAACCGCUGCUGGUUCCUGACAACCGCAAGCUGUUUGAGGCUGAGGAGCAGGAUCUCUUCCGUGACAUCCAGAGCCUUCCCCGCAAUGCCGCCCUGCGAAAGCUCAAUGACCUAAUCAAACGCGCACGCCUCGCCAAGGUUCAUGCCUACAUCAUCAGCACUCUUAAGAAGGAGAUGCCCUUGUUUGGGAAGGAAAACAAGAAGAAGGAGCUCAUCUCCAACCUGGGGGAGAUCUACAUGAGGAUUGAGAAGGAGCAUCAGAUACCACCUGGGGACUUCCCAAAGCUCACAAAGAUGCAGGAGAUCCUUUUCAUCCAGGAUUUCACCAAGUUCCAGUCUCUGAAGCCCAAGCUGUUGGAGGGUGUGGAGGACAUGCUGGCCAAUGAUAUUGCUAAACUGAUGACAAUGGUUCGUCAGGAAGAAGCGGCAUUGCCCAACCAGACGGUCCAGGGUGGGGCUUUUGAUGGCACAGCCAAUGGGCCCUUUGGCCACGGCUAUGGCGAGGGAGCUGGCGAGGGUAUCGAUGAGCUCGAGUGGGUGGUGGCACGUGACAAGCCGACGUACGAUGAGAUCUUCUACACUCUAUCGCCAGUAAACGGCAAGGUGUCUGGCGCCAUGGCCAAAAAGGAGAUGGUCAAGUCCAAGCUGCCAAACACCGUGCUGGGAAAGAUCUGGAAGCUGGCCGAUGUGGAUAAAGAUGGCUUCCUGGAUGAUGAGGAGUUUGCCCUUGCCAACCACUUGAUCAAAGUGAAGCUGGAGGGCCAUGAGCUGCCUGCUGAGCUGCCAGGACACCUGGUACCCCCUUCCAAGCGCCAGCAGGAGUGAACAGCUGGUGCAUGUUAGCAAUGGUAGAACUGUAGAAUAAGUGAAUACUACAAGUAUAGUCCAUUUAAAAACCAAGCUAUUUAAAUUUUAAUUAAUUUUUGAUCACCUAUACUAGUAUAUGACAAUUCUUUAUUUAGUUGAACCUUUUGGGCUUUGAUUUAACUUUAGGACAGGAUUUUGGUUUCUCCAUCUUGUCCAUGUGACUUAUUUUAAUGCUGAACCAUAAAGCAAAUUAAAGAGGAAGCCAUAUGUUAAGUAUAGAACAUAAGGUUGUUAUAGGGUCUUACUUUUUUCCAUUACCUUUUGUUAGGCUGAAUAAUAAUACUAUUAAUGUUAAUAAGUCCAGCUGGAGCCUGAAGGACCAUAAUGCGAUGGGGCAAUGCUCCUCAUUCUGUGCCUCAAUUGUGUUCCCCUGUUUGGGGUUGUUUUUCUCACGACUUUAAUGAUGACUGAUAAUCACUGAAGGAUCAAUAAUAGAGUAUCCAAGACUGCUCCAUUUUUAAAAAAAAAAAAAAAAAAAAAACAAGUCCAUUAAGAGUCCACAAAGACUAUGGAGAAACAGAAAGUAAUAGAACCCUCACAUUUGGGCCUAAUGCUCAGAAGGGACAGUAUAAUGAUGAUGAUAAUAAUAAUAAUAAUAAUAAUAGUAAUAUAUACUGAAUAGUAAAAGGGACUUUUGCAAUUUGGUUGUUGAAAAUGUGUAGAAGUGUGAACCUACCACUUUUUUUUUUUUUUUUUUAAAUAACUAGCUUUUUCUUAUGGAGGAAAGUACUGCUUUUUCUCUGGCAAAUUAUGAAUGUUUGUUUAUAUAUUAGCCAUACUACACAGCCUUAUGUAUUAUUUAUAAAAGGUCUGGAACAGGGGAAGAUAGAUACUGAAAGCAGCUUGAUGGUCGGUUAGAAUUACCCUGUUUACCAGGAGCAGUGCUGCAGUCCUCAAUCCCAGGACAUUGUGGGCUCCUGGGCUCUUCUGUGCCUUUACGGUAUUUUCGCAUGUUCGCUUUUGCUUCUCAAAGGAGGCUGCAGAAUCAAAUCAGUCCAUGUCCUGCUCAUCAAAAGCCAUAAGAGAUGUGGAAACAGACUCAGUGAAACAGAGGUGUCAAAUCAUUCAACAAAGGAAGCAUGUGUCGAAGCAUUACUGUAUGAUCCAUCUGGUUAAGCAUUACACUUGAAAGCAGGCCUCCUUGAGUCUCCUGUGCUCUCCAGUGUUGACUUUGGGUCACUGAAUGGGUCAUUCCAUUCUAAAUAUCCUGUCUUCAGUGCUAUUUAAACUGAAGCCAAGGAGACUUAUUGGGGGGGGUUAAGAAACAGAAAGUGUUCAGUUUGUGGUAUUCUUGUACAUCAGUGUGUGUCUGUAUCCCUUCAUGGAACCCACAGUGGGUUUCACCUAUG